UUGUUCACUUGUUGCUGAAGCUCAUCUUAAUCUGCCGCUUAGUGUCCACCAAUUUUUCCUAGAUAUCAUCAGCCACUUUUAUGCUUCUCGUGUCCUGGAAAUAUCUGGGUGUCCGGUGCAGAUACUCGUAUGAUACAAGAUCCGUGCUGCAUAGCUUACAAAGAUUGAUGAGAGGAUGGAGAUGGAAAAGGAGCAUAGGAGCAGCCAUCCCCGGCUUGUAUUAGUUGCAUUACCAUUCCAAGGCCACAUAAAUCCAAUGCUUCAGCUUGGUUCCAUUCUUCACUCUAAAGGCUUCUCCAUCACAGUUCUUCACACGGCAUUCAACUCCCCUAUUCCCUCAAACUAUCCUGAAUUUGGGUUCGUAUCAAUACCUGAUAACUUAUCCGAGCAACUCAUCUCUGCCGACGAUUUACUACCUUUUAUAUCACUUCUUAACCUGAAUUGUGGAGUUCCCUUCCAAGAAUGCUUGGCCAAGAUGGUACAAAAACAAGAGGUAGAAAAUGAGCCAAGUAUUGCCUGCAUUGUCUAUGAUGAAUGCAUGUAUUUCUGUGAUGCAGUAGCCAAGUAUGUGAAGCUUCCCAGUAUAGUCUUGCGAACCACCAGUGCUUCAACAUACCUUUCUCGAAAUGCCAUUCUCCAACUCAAAGCUGAAGGUGUUCUUACUUCACAAGGUUCAACAUCGCAAGACUUGGUGCCUGGGCUUCAUCCCCUCAGAUUCAAGGAUCUGCCUGUGUCCAAGAUUGGAACACCAGAAAUUUUCUUGCAGUUUAUAACUAACAUAUACAAGACAAGAACAUCUUCAGCAAUUAUCUGGAAUACUAAUGAUGUCCUUGAACAGCCGUCAUUGCAAGAGAUUCAAAAACAAUGCCAAGUUGGCAUAUUCCCAGUCGGUCCUUUGCACGAAGUAGCCCCUGCCUCAAGCAGCUUAAUAAAAGAGGACAACAGCUGCAUUACAUGGCUUGAGAAGCAAAAACAGAACACAGUUCUAUAUGUAAGCUUGGGGAGUGUAGCAUCUGUAGACAAGAAGGAGCUGGGUGAAAUGGCUUGGGGUUUAGCCAAUAGUAAGCAGCCAUUCUUGUGGGUUAUUAGACCAGGGUCAGUUGAUGAUCAGGAAUGGAAAAAGUUGUCGACAGAGGGUUUUGUAGAAGCUGUUGGUGAAAAUGGGUGUAUUGUAAAAUGGGCACCCCAGAAGGAGGUGUUAGCACAUGGCGCCGUGGGAGGGUUUUGGACGCACUGCGGUUGGAAUUCAACACUGGAAAGCAUAUCAAAAGGGGUUCCAAUGAUCUGCAAACCAUGUUUUGGUGAUCAAAGGGUCAAUGCUCGGCAUGUAAGUCAAGUGUGGAGAAUCGGCAUACAAUUGGAGAAUAUGUGUGAAAGAGGAGAGGUAGAGAGAGCUAUAAAGAGGUUAAUGGUAGAUAAAGAAGGGAAAGAGAUGAGGCAGAGGGCUAAAAACUUGAAGGAGAGGAUUCAACUCGAUAUCAGAGAAGGUGGUUCUUCCUACAAUUACUUGAAUAAGUUAAUUGAGCUAAUUAUGUCAUUCUGAUGACAUAGCAGGCAAUGUUAUUGUUAACUUGAUUGUGGCAGUCUUUAAGAAAAUAAUAAAUUACGAACUCAUUUCUAAUUAAAAUAAAAAGAAAUGAAUGAUAAUGUAUACUUGUGUAGCAAAAAAGCUUUAGGCUAUAAACUUAAGGAGAAGACUUGUUGGCAUUUUAGUAAAAAUUAUCAAGCACAGGAAAUGUGAAAGAAUAAUGUAUAUUCAGCAAGUUU